AAAGAAAAAUUCAAUUACCUGUUAAAUCAAUUUACAAAGCUGUGUCACAUUUCUUUGUCAACAGCCUUCCUUCACCUGAUGCUGGCUGAUUGCUGUCGACUCAGCAUGAAAUUGAUUUACAACGCUUCAUCUCAAGACGAUGCAGACCUGUAUUUUCCGGUUAUCGUUAACCUUGAGGCUGAUCGCCUAAUGAGCAGCCGAAAAAACCUUGUUCCCUUGUUACCACAGACUGGAAUCGCCUUCCUGGUUUUAGAAAGAAGCAGAAGCGAUUACAUGUGGAGAAUUGUGAAGUCUCUCUUCGCUACUUGGCCGGUCUUAAUCCUCAUACUUGUCUUGUCGCUGCUCGCAGGAAUUGGUGCCUGGUCACUGGUAGGUCUUUUUCUAUCCUUUGCGGUUAUGAAUCGAAAUUUUGUAUUUUGGGACGUGCAAAUAAGAGAACAAAUCAUACAUUACAAAAGCCAUUGUUAUGAUUUUAAAAAAAAAAAAAAAGAAGAAAUUUAAAAAAAGAAUAAAAAAAGUAAGCCUAUGUGAGCCUAUGGCAAAAGAGCAUUUUGCUUCAUAAGAUGAAGCCUAACUAGUCGACCUUAUCGCCUGCUGAAGACGAGGAGUAUUCAAUCAAAAUGUCCUGAUCUACAUCAAAAGUAAUAGACUCAGCUUAUCGUUGGACAAACUACUCUACUUAGGUAGGUCUCCUUCCAGGUGCAGACACGAGUAACACAUUGCGGGUGAAAAGAAAAACAAACAAAAAACAUGAAAAAUGCAAUUUUUUUAUCUUCCAUUUUACUUUUUGUUUCCACACCAGGAGAAAAGGCGGAACUCGGACAACUUUCCUCCCAUGUUUACUAAGGGCGUCUGGGAAGGUUUCUGGUGGGCUUUUAUUUCCAUGACAACGGUGGGGUGCGUAUAUAUCAUUGAACAUAAUUGUGUAGAUGAUACUUCAUUUCCUUUGUUAGCUGAAGCUGGCAGAUAUUUGACAUGAUCCAAAGAUAAUAGUGAAGAGGUUGAAGACAAUAAUGGAUGGGUUGAGAAGAUAUAAUGAAAAGAUAAUAGUGGAGAGGUUGAUGAUCUAGCAUAGUAGAAAUAGUAGUUGGCAUGCCCAUUUGUUAGCUCAUCGUAUGACUCGAACUGUUUUUCUUGUGCUUGUUUUUAUCAACUCCUUUGAUCAUAUUUGUUUUUUAAUUUUACAACAGCACAUAUGAACCACCAGUAAUUAUCCUGUCGAACCUCUCGAACGUACAAACUCAUAACAAUAGUAUUCCUAUUUUUUGUCAAGUCUACACAAAUUACUGGAUGACAGUUUCGAAUCAUUCCUAUUGCUGCAAAAGAAAUUAGGAUAACGAGUGAAGAUCAUUCACCUCACGCAAGCCUCUUGAAUACACGUGCUUAAAACGAUUUGAUUUUUAACAUUUCAAGCUAUGGAGAUCGCUACCCAAAGUCAGUUGGAGGUCGCCUGUUUGCAGUGCUGUGGAUUUUAAUGGGAAUGUGUAUCAUAUCUAUCUUAACUGCAACAUUGACUUCUUCCAUGACAACUUUUUCCCUGGAAGCUAAAGUCAAAUUACCCGGAACCAAGGUAAGAAAAGGGUGACAUUGCAAUUCUACACUUCCGGAAAAACGAGAGAUAGUGGAAAGUUAUAUCAAUUUUAUUGCAAGCCGUUCAUUACUGCGCCUCACGCAAUCAAUUCUGGAGACAAGGGAACCAGAAACUGGUUAUUAAACACGAAUAACGUCGAAGACAUGAACCAGAUGCCUUCUGAGCCGUAGUUGUUCUGUUUCCCGUGCUACGUGACGGCAUGGCUGACAUUCGUUCCAUGUGGACACGGUGACUAUAUCGAGGGAUUUUCACAGCCAACUAUCUAAUAAAUUUAUCAUGACGUAAUAUGUCUGUGAGCCUAAAAGCGUAAGAUGUGGGGGGAAUCGGUUAAAACAUGAUGUCUUUCGAAAAUAGUGAAAUAAGGCUCAGAGUGUAAGUAAUGCAAGGUUUAAUCAAGUUAAGGGCUAAAUGUGCAACGGAAAAUGUCAACAGAAACGUUUAGCAACAAACGACGGGCGAAAAACAUAUUUCUUGAGUAAUCUCGAGGGUUAUCAAAGAGUAUUUUAAGUUAUUUUAAUGUAAUUCUACUCUGCUAAUGGUCGCUUCAGAUCUUUAUAAUGAACCAGAUACGUACACAGCUAAUUUGAAAAACUAAUCCUAAACUGAAAUUAUUACUGCAGAUAUUUGAGGUUUAUUCAUACAUUCAUGUAAAGAACGCUCUCAUUCGUCCUGAUCGAGCGUGGUGACCACUGAUGAAAAUUCAAAGCAAAACAUUAAUCAGGUGUUAAUUUUCUUCUUUAACAAUGAACAUAUUUGUAUAUUGUGGCUAACUGACCAGGUGGUAGUCCUUGUUGGUUCCAUUGAAAUGGUUACGGGAAUUCAACAUCAGGCCAGUCUCACACGUAAGUGUUUCAUCGCUUUGAAACCUUUUCUUUUUUUGUAACGUUUGAUAACAAGUCGAAUGAUAAAAGGCAAGCUUUCAAACUGAUAAAGGUGCAGUCUGUCUUUUUCCCUGGUUAAUAAAAUAUAAUUAUGUUUAAUCUUGUUUUCUUAGGUGUGAAAACAGCUGCUGAUAUUCAUGAACAUUUGGAGAGUGGUAAAUAUGAAGGUGAUUUGCAGCCUGCCACUGUUCUCAGAUCGAUCCUUCAGUGAUAAGGAGGCAGUGCGGUCGGGUGGCUAUGGCACCGGACUUGUUAGCCCUCCACCCUGCUAUGCACUGGAUUUGUUCUCGGUUGCCCUGAGUUCAACUCCUUGGCCGCACUUUGCAAUCAGCCAACUGGUCUGCCUCCUGCCAGUUGGGAUUUUUAAACACUUUGUUUAUUUACAAUUUGUUUUAUUGACCCUAAGCCUCUUUCGUGGAGUGGUCAAUAAAUGUUAUUAUUAUUAUAACUAUUAUUAUUAUUAUUAUUUUUAUUAAUAGUUUUCAACAUUAUGGCUUAAUACUUCUUGAUAUGGUAUUAUCAAAGAAGCACUUUAUACGUGAAAAGGCACUCGAUUUAUAGCGUGUCACGAACUUGGAACAAUGGAAAAAGGCUGAGCAUCUGUUGGUGGUCAAUAAAAUAUAUUUUUCAAGGAGAACUAAAAUAGUUUCCUUCUAGUUUUCAGCACCUUUUUUGAUAGAUCAAUGCAGCCCUGUUGAAAUUUGUUGCUUAUUUUUCAGCUUCUAUAUUUGAUGGAUCAGUGCCACCAUAUAUUUCAUAUGUCAAAGAAUUUAUUAACUACGUUCAGGCUGCGAGGGAAUUCGAACCCGCUGCAACUGAAAAUAAUUCAGAAAAACAUACCACUCCUCGCAGUUUCUUGCAGCCCACCUGCGAGUAUCAUUUCUUUACUUAUACAUUGCCCGCGGGUCAAAAUACCAUUAAUUUCAUUUGAUAAUAAUAAUGAAUUAUUCUGUGACAGGGGCUCUGAUGGAUGCUUAUCUCUUAGCACAUUUCAAAAGAAAUCAUCCGUCAAGGACUCGUAAACUCAAAGCUCAAGAAGUUUUUCAGCAGAAGUAUUUGGAAUACGGCGUUCGCGUUAAAGAUCCAAAGUUGGCCGAGUGUCUUCGCGAAAAGAGGUUCACCCAAGAAGCAGAAUGGUAUGAACACGCAGAAAUACUUCUGCAGCAAUCUCUGUUGGUAAGUAUUGUUCUCUGAACUUAUAUGUAGACCCAUUUAUCAUUAAUUUUUUUAAUCAAAUUUUGGUAGCAAAACAUGUGCGCCGACUUUUCCGUAGUUUCCGUUUAUGGCGACUAAACUGGUUUCUGUAACAUAUGCCAUGCUAUAAGUUUGUGGUUUAGCAGCUUCAUGGCCUGCGCAGUGAAGUUGAAUUUUUCACCUUAAGUUCAUUUAUAGAUUUAUUUAGUAAGCAAAAUUAUUUUCUAGACAGACUGUGGUGUUGCGUGGAUGGGCAAGUAAGACAUUGUGCUCAUCAUUGCUCAAAAAUUGAUUAAAUUAGAUAAAUCCCCCGAGGUUUCUAAAAUUGGUGACGGCUAUCUCUCCACCUUAACAAAUCUUUAGUUAAUAAUAAUAAUUAUUGUGCAAAAUUUGUCCUAAAUCCUACCCUUUACAAUGUUAACUUCUUUACUUCUAAGGAUGAAUUUGAAAACAGGGACGGAAACAAAGUCAACUUAUUCGACCCUGAUGGCGUCCUCUAUUUUCCGUUUCUCUUUACAUGCUUGGGAGUGGCUGCCCUGUUAUUGUUGACCGGUGGAGCUUGGGACUUGUGUCAUAAAAUCAAUCACCGAAUGAAGAAAAAAGGUUCGACUCUUUUC